AUGGAGAAUGAGGUUGGCAAAUCUGUGGACAAUCAAAUGGAUAAAUACAUAGUUACAAUAAUGGGGAAAUCAGAAAGUCAAAUGGAUAUUGUGGAAAAAUCAGCAAAAUCUGGGAAGAAAUCCUGGAACUUUGUGGCAAUUGGUCUGGCUGUCUUGCUGCUCCUCAUGACUUGUGCAGUGGUCGCCCUGGUGAUCCUGUAUGCCAGCAGCAGAGGCACUCACUACGGCACCAAUUCAGGCAACAUGUGUACCACGCCUGGGUGUGUUACAGCAGCUGCUAGAAUAAUUCAGAAUAUGGACCCAACAGCUGACCCUUGCAAGGAUUUCUACCAGUAUGCCUGUGGGGGCUGGCUGAACCGGCACGUUAUCCCAGAAACUAGCUCCAGAUACAGCAUUUUUGACAUCCUGAGAGAUGAGCUGGAGAUCAUCCUAAAAGGUGUGCUGGAGACUUCAGAUCAAGGGGACAGAGAAGCAUUUCAGAAAGCUAAAAUACUUUACAAGUCAUGCAUGAAUGAGAGUCUUAUAGAGCGACGAGGUUCAUUACCUCUACUAGAGGCCUUAACGAUGGUUGGAGAUUGGCCAGUGGCUUCUGCAGACUGGAAUAAGACCAAAGAACCAAAUUGGAGCAUGGAAGAAAAACUCUCCAUAAUGAACUCCAAAUUUAACAAACGUGUCCUCAUUGACAUGUUUGUAUGGAAUGAUGACCGGGAUUCCAGCAGGCACAUCAUUUAUAUUGACCAGCCAAGUUUAGGAAUGCCAUCCAGGGAUUACUACUUUAAUGGGGGCAACUAUCAAAGAGUGAGAGAAGCUUAUCUGCAGUUCAUGAUCACUGUUGCCAAAAUGAUCCGGGAAGACAAGAAUAUGUCUAGAGAUGAUUCCUUUGUCCAAGAAGAAAUGGCAAAGGUUAUGGAGCUUGAAACAGAGAUUGCAAACGCAACUACCCCAGCAGAAGAAAGGCAUGAUGUAACCUUGUUGUACAACAAAAUGACCUUAAAAGAGCUACAGGAAAAGUUUGCAUUGAAUGAAUUUAACUGGACAUUCUUCAUCCAAGGUGUCAUGUCUUCAGUAAGUAUUCAAGUUGACCCAGAAGAAGAGCUUGUUGUAUAUGGCAUGCCCUAUCUGCAAGAGCUGAAAGCAAUUAUCUCAAAGUACUCAGCAAGCACCAUCCAGAACUACCUCAUUUGGCGAUUGGUAAUUGAUCGAGUCAGCAGCUUGAGUCGGCGUUUCAAGGAUGCUCGGGCCAGCUACAGGAAGGCACUUUAUGGGACAACACUGGAAGAAGCCCGAUGGAGAGAGUGUGUGAGUUAUGUCAACAACAACAUGGAGAAUGCACUUGGAGCAAUGUAUGUCAGGGAGACAUUUGCUGGUGAGAGCAAGAGGAUGGUCCGAGACUUAAUAGAUAAGAUUCGGGAAGCGUUCAUCGAAACAUUAGAUGAGUUACAGUGGAUGGAUGAGGCAUCUAAAGAGAAAGCUCGUGAGAAGGCAAUGGCAAUUAAAGAACAAAUCGGCUAUCCAGAUUAUAUUUUGGAAGAUCAGAAUGAAAAACUAGAUCAGGAAUACACCAAUUUAAACUUCAGUGAACACAAUUACUUUGAAAACAUUCUGGAAAACCUGAGAGCUGGAGCCCAAAAGAGUUUGAAAAAGCUUCGAGAGAAAGUUGACCAAGAUAUAUGGAUAAUUGGAGCUGCAGUGGUCAAUGCAUUCUAUUCCCCCAAUCGGAACCAGAUAGUUUUUCCUGCUGGGAUUCUACAGCCCCCCUUCUUCAGCAAACACCAACCACAAGCCCUGAACUUCGGAGGGAUCGGGAUGGUUAUUGGGCAUGAAAUUACUCAUGGGUUUGAUGACAAUGGUAGGAAUUUUGAUAGAGAUGGAAAUAUGUUUGACUGGUGGAGCAAUUUCUCAGCGAUGCAUUUCAAGGAGCAGUCUCGUUGUAUGGUUUAUCAGUAUGGGAACUACACAUGGGACCUGGCUGGAGGACAGAAUGUCAGUGGAAUAAGCACAUUAGGAGAAAAUAUUGCAGAUAAUGGAGGAGUCCGACAGGCUUACAAGGCCUACUUAAAGUGGCUGGAACGGGAAGGGAAGGAGCCAAAGUUGCCUGGACUGAAUCUGUCCCACAAACAGCUUUUCUUCCUCAACUUUGCCCAGGUUUGGUGUGGUUCCUACAGACCAGAAUAUGCUAGCCAGUCAAUAAAGACAGAUGUUCACAGCCCUCUGAAAUACAGGGUGAUGGGAUCUUUGCAGAACUUUGAAGCAUUCUCAGAGGUGUUCCACUGUAAAAAAGGCACAGCCAUGCAUCCUGCAGAGAAAUGCAGAGUGUGGUAA